AUGCAGGACUUCGGUCCCCAGGUGUCCUGUUUGGUGCACCUGCUGCUACUGCUAUUGUCUACAUCUCUUGUUGGAGGCCAGAGUUUCCCAUACCCUCAAUCUGGCCAAAACCCAUAUCAUAGGGAAUUGGCAUUGUUCCAUAGUUAUGAAGACUGGGGUUCAAGGCAGGCUGGGGAGAAAAAGGAGGAAGAUAUUUUGCAGUAUUGUGAUGGUGACUUGGAUGUUUACUUCGUCUUGGACAAGUCCAGUGCCGUGAAAGAGUGGAAUGACGUGUUCUCAUCCUGGGAAGAUAUGGUGGAAAAGUACUUGAACCCCAACAUGCGGAUGUCUUUCAUUUUCUUUGAUUACAGAGGCGUAGUCAAAAUGCCGCUCACCUCAGACAGACGAGAAAUUCGUCACAUGCUCUCCAGUAUUCAGACGAUUCAGCUAGCAGGAUCGACAUUACUACAUAAAGGACUGGAAAAGGCGAAUGAACAGAUCCAGACGGCCAACUCAGGAGCUGCAUCCAACAUGCCCCUCUUUGCUUUCCUGUCAGCCACUACGAGAUCUAGUCUGAUCAUCGCUGUGUUUUGGGGUCAACUGUCACAACAAGAACUGGAUAAGUCUAAGGAGGAGGCUGAUAAAGCUCGGACCAUGGGGGCAUAUGUUUAUUGUAUCGGCUUGGACUACAAUGAUAAAAAAAAGUUGAAUGAAAUUACAGACAACGAAGAAAACGUGUUCGUUUUGGAAGGCGCAUCUAACCUGUUCCAUGGGCUAGUAGACACGCCUCCCAAGGCACUGCCAGCACCUGCACCACAGUCACAGCCCACAGAGAAAGACACACCCCCUCCUCCAGUGCCUCCUCCAGUGCCUCCCUCAGUGCCUGCACCUGCACCACCAGUGAACGUGUCGCCCAUUGUGAUCAUUUGCUGUGGCUGCUGCUGCCGCAACGUGUAUGUGAGCAGAGGCACAGAGGGCAAUGUGACCGUAUGUAACUUCAGUCCCUUAAGCUGCCACCAGUUGCCAGUGAUGUGGUCUCAGUCUACUGACCAGCAAAGUCACAGGGACAGUCAAGAACAUAGCCACAGUCCCCCCAUGCCUUGCUCGGCGGCGGCACUCUUUCUGCUCCUGCUCCUGUGGCCUCCUCCCAUUGUUAAAGCUGGGGGCCUCCGAUACCACGGCCCUGGCUGGAAACUAUUCCACCGCAUGGGCAAGGGCUCCAGAAGUUCUCACCAACGCCAGAUCCAACACAUGAGGCAAGACUGGAGCCAGGAUGCGUCGGUAGAGGGAUGUCAGGGUGUUUUCGACCUCUACUUCAUCCUGGACAAGUCAGGCAGUGUGGGCAACAACUGGAACCACAUUUAUUCAUUUAUGGAGAGUUUGGUGAAGAAGUUUCAAAACCCUAAACUGCGGAUGUCCUUCAUUACCUACUCAACAGAUGCCAACGUUGUCUUGCCACUCACGUCAGACAGAGAAGAAAUCUACAAGGCCCUUGGCAAACUUCAGAAAAUGGAGCCUCGGGGACUUACAUACAUGCAGAAAGGAUUUAUAAAGGCAAAUGAACAGAUCCGAAAGACUGCCUCGAGAGGCAGCAAUGUCAACAGUGUGAUUAUUGCUCUAACUGAUGGAAUAUUGAUGAUACAGCCAUUUCAAGAGACGAUGGAAGAGGCUGACAAAGCCCGGAAAAUGGGAGCAAUCGUUUACACCGUGGGUGUACAUUUGUAUAACAAAUGGCAGAUGUUGGAUAUUGCAGACAGCAAAAACCACACUUUUGGGGUUGAUGAAGGGUUCCCUGCUCUCCAGGGUAUCAUUGACACGCUUGCUUACAGGUCCUGUACUGAAAUAUUAUCCGUGCAGCCUUCCUUUGUGUGCGCCAAAGAAUCCUACCAAGUAAACAUUAGCGGACACGGGUUUCAUAAUGCAAAAGACAUGAUCCAAGUUAUUUGCAGAUUCACAUUCAGUGAUUCCAGAGUCGUUGAUGAAAGCCCCAGUGAUAUGAGUGAUCACCGUAUAAUUUGUCCUGGACCAAAGAUACAACACACUGGAGAGGAAGUCUUUCUUCAAGUCAGCCUGAACAAUGGCAUCUCCUUCAUUGGGAACAAGCUCGUCAUAACCAGUACCAGCUGUGGGAGCACUAGGGGAGAUACAUCUAGCCAGCGACAGGCAGAAGACAUAGACGAUGAAGAAAGCGAAGGCCACUUUGACUUCGACUGGAAAUUGCUCAUCUUCCUGCCAGUCUUGCUGGUGGCUCUACUGCUGUUGUAUGGCUGUUGGAUGUUUUUCAGCAGAAAGCCUAAGAAGUCAAAGCAGAAGCAGCAGCAGCAGCAGCCACCUCCCCCACAGCCAGAGAAGAAGCCAGAAGAAGAGACCCUGCCCUCUCCUUCUACAUCACCAGGUGCUUCUCCUCCUCCUCCUCUACCUCUUCCUCCUCCGCCAGCUCCAGCUCUAUCACAGGUCAACCCAAACCCUACUGUGAUCGUUUCCUGCUGUGGCUGUGGGAACAGAGGAGUGCAGGGAAACAUGGACACAUGCUGUAGCUACCUCCACCCAAGCUGCCACCAGGUGCCAUUGAUGUGUUGUCAUCCCAAGGUGCAGGGGAGAUGUGCCAACUUCACUCUCAUGAAUCCUAGCUGCUCACAGGCCUCCUGCAGCCAAAAGGUCUGCCUUUGUUCCAAUAGGGACUGCUUCCGUCUCACACACCCACCAUGCGCCUCAAGGAUUGUCCUCCAACCCAGUGAGGACUGUUUCAACAACCCACCACGGGCAACCUGCAGAUCAAAAGUCUGCUUUCAAGCCAACGGAGAAAGUCUCCCUCCUGCACGGAUGCAGUGCUCAAAGAUGUGCCCACCUCCCGAUCAGGAGCACCACACUCUGAACUAUUCACAGUCCCUAUGCCCAACCAAGUCUCUCUCCAGGAUGCUCCCUCUGCUCCCUCCCCAAGCCCGCCAAUCUGUAGAAUCCCUUUGUCACACCUGCCCCAAUCGCCCAACCUCUAAAAGACUCAAAUUCUAA